AUGAAUAGCAGGAACGAAUACUUGGUGAAGUAUUCAGUGGCACCUCCACCCAGCAGGGAUUACUACGGUCUUAGGAUCGUCCAAGACGAGGUAAUUUUGUAUUUGUGGAAAAUCUCCCACGGACCGCACAAAGCGCCGAUCGUACAUCGCGCCAAGUUCACCAAAUUUGGCCAGCAAAAAUUAUUGCAGGACGAAAUCCGCCACGGGUUUGGUGAACAUGUGUUGAAUCACGUUAAAAAUAUCGUUGAAGGGAACAGGAAUACUCUUUUGACUUUGCCGGGAUAUUUAAUCGGGAAAAUAUCAAGAUACUUGGAAUACAGAGAUAUCGUCAAAUUAUCCUCGUUAUCGCGUAUCGCUUAUGAGGUAAAAGAGACAAUCGUCUCUUUAUACAGCUUAAUGCGACAAACAAAAAAAAAUUUAAUAAAGACGCGAGAUAAAUCUAUUUUGCAGAAUCUUAGAACGCAAUCAUUGAUCAAACAUGUAAACGAUGCGAAAACUAAGAAACCACUUUUGAGAACCACCAACGCGUCGAAACCGAUCUCGAACACGGUCUCAACUGUCAAUAUCGCGACGAAACUACGCUCCGAAUUUUCGAACGCGAAUCUAACGACUACUUCGUUUUCCAAAACGUCGCCUGAUACCCGAUUUCGCGGUUUAAACACGAAAACGGAGAAGGAGAAAUCACUUCUACUGAAAAAGAACCUGAGAAGCUUUAAUUCUGAAUCCAGCCUAAGUGAGAAGAGCGUUAAAAAUGAAAAGCUUAUUGCGUCUAGAAUAACGACGAAAGGAAACACCAGAAGUGUUUCUAAGCAUGGAGAAGGAUUUACCAGAAAAUCGGAGAAGCCGGAAAAAUAUAUCGACAAAAAUAACAAGAUCAAGAUAACCUCGCAAGAAGACGCUACGCAAUACAUAGCUUCCAGAACGUCCUUGGUGCCUAAAAGCACUGUAGGUAAUAUCAAGUCCUCCUCAGGUUUGGCACGAGGUCUGCACGGUAAGCCGCGAUCGAAAAUGAAAGUCAAGCCCAAGAAGGCAGCUGUGACCAGUUCUGAAAUAUUCAAUAACGAUAAAGUACUCUCCGACAAUCCUUUCGUCGUCAGAGACAACAAUUUUGACCUGGCAGAUCUGAUCGAAGCGAGUUUGAAGAACAUUCGAAGCCCCAGGAGCAUAUUUGAUUACGAUUUCAGCUAUAUGCAGCGAACGGGAGACUCUUCGAGAGGUAGACACGAGCUUCUGGACGUCGAUAAUUCGAAACAAUCGAAAUUUGUUCGAAGCAACGUCGUGCCGAAUUAUUUCCCCGGCAGAAUGGUUCGAGGGAGCGAGUUUCUCGAGAAGCUUUCGGAGAAAUCUGAAUCGUACAGCGAAACAUCCACCGAGUCCAUUGUGAAAGAUGUAAAAGUUUCAGAAAAAAAUCAUAAAUUCUUAUCCAAAAAGUGUACGAAGAUUCCAAUGGAGCUAAGGAAAUUUUUAAACGUGGGAGGCAGCGAGGAAAUAUUCUCUAAGGAUCGACAGCAAGCGAGUUUUCAAACUAAAUGUUUCAGUCCCAGAAAGAUCUGCAAUAUUGACGAAAAGCUUUCCAUUACAAGAGGGCCAUUAAGAACUUCCAGCUUGUUGAAAUCACACGCUUCGAACAGCUUGGAAAGCAAAAAGGGUCUUCCUGUAAAAAGUAUCGAGAUCGAAUAGAAUUUACAAAAAGUCGAGGAUGUUGAAGGAAUCAAUAAAUAAUUACGUGAUGAAAAUUUCUCGUACAACUUUGCAAAUCCAGGAAAUUUUUACACGCCAGUAAUGUAAUGAUGAAAGGAGAUCAUUAAUAAACUGCUUAAAUACGAUGAUGAAAUUUAUUUAUCUUAAGUAUUUGCUUAAUUUACUGUUCCAUACUUGCAGGCAUGUAUAUCGCACACAGGUAGAUAUAUAUAUAUAAAAUAAAAUAUAUAUAGCGUUGUGUGAUCUGCAUUUGAUGAUAUGUGAUUAGGUACAAGCUGUUCCUUUGAAAUUAUUUACA